CAAUAAUAUUUUAUGGCUUUUCUCUACUUUUCAUACUGAUACAUACCGUUAAAACUAAGUAUUCAACAGAUAUUUAGAGGACGAGCUGAGAUUUACGAAAACUAUCCCUAUAUGCUAGGCAGGUAAAUGGAGUGAGAGUUCUCUCGCUGUCCGGCUAUCAUCCUCCCAGGUAUCGAUCUCUAUCAAAGCGGGACUCUUGAGUUCUUUUCCUUCUCUCCUCUUCUCCUUUUCUCUCUCAAUCAUAUAUCCCAUUUUCUUCAGUUAUUGAUUUAUCAUUAUCCUCCUCACUUAAGGCAGACUACAAUCAUUCUCCCAACCCUUCUUUUUCGGUCUUUCUAUCCUAUCACAUGGAGCUUUUAAAAAAAAAUUGGUGUGAAAAGGAAUAACCGAAGCACCCCCCUCUCAAUACUAUAAAUUGCUCGUCAAACCCAUUUAUUUCGGAUUUUUUAUUCGGAUAAACAUUUUACAUACACACAGAGAUCGCCCAAUAUCUUCUGUCCGGAAUUACAAAACUGAAGAUUUAACCGUUUGGAGCUUGUUAGCCGGUACUCACUUUCAGGGAAAAUCCCAGGCGGGGUGUAAAAGUACCCAUGAAAUCUACUUAGCAGGAAAAAUAAACUAUUUAUCACUUCCUACAUAUUGCUGGUUCUCAGGAAUUGAAAUCGAGCGAAUAAGGAUUUUUUAAAGCGAAGGGUGAAAAAUAGUGCAGAAAAAUGGCUGCGCAGCUAUUUCCAUUGCCCGAGGUGGAAAGAUUGAGCGCAUCGGUGAUCAGGCUGCUGGCGGGGAAUCCUGGGAAGUACACACUACAAGGCACAAACACAUACCUUGUCGGCCGGGGAGCCCGACGUCUCUUAAUAGAUACAGGCGAAGGCCGACCGAGCUGGUCCGCCGCGCUCAAAGCGCUCCUGGCAGCUGAAAAGGCCACCGUGGAGAAAGCACUGCUGACGCACUGGCACCGCGACCAUGUCGGUGGCGUCGGGGAUUUACUGAAGAUGUGCCCAGGGGUGCAGGUGUAUAAGCAUGAUGGGGACGAGGGCCAGUUUGCUAUUGAGGAUGGGCAGGUUUUCGAAGUGCAAGGAGCUACGCUGAGAGCUGUACAUACGCCCGGCCAUACGGAGGAUCAUAUGGCGUUUGUGCUGGAGGAGGAGAAUGCGUUGUUUACGGGUGAUAAUGUGCUUGGCCACGGAACAGCGGUUUUCGAAGACCUUGUCGUUUAUAUCUCUACGCUGGAAAGGAUGCGCAAGCUUGGUGCGGGCAGAGGCUAUCCUGGACAUGGAGCCGUAAUCGAAGACUGUGGAGCUAAGAUUACGGAAUACAUUGACCACCGGCGUCAAAGGGAGGAGGAAGUAUUUCAAGUGUUGAAGUUCGGAGGUACGGACAGCAGCAAGGUGGGGACAGCGGCUGUAGCAACAACGCAAGGAAAACCUCGAGCAUUGUCACCGAUCGACUUGGUUGCGGUUAUUUAUCCCGAUCUCGCGGAAGAGCUGCGUUUGUCGGCUUCGCAUGGUGUAAUCCAGGUACUACUGAAGCUGGAGCGUGAGGGCAAGGUAAUUCAAGAGGGAGACUCGGGGAGAUGGAUGGUUGGGGGUGGGAAGCCGGCAUUAUGAUUUCUUGCUCCUUCUAAUUGAUUUUAAAUUCCCUUUGUCAUUGUAUAUAUUAUAUGCCUUAUACGUGUACAUUUUAUUUUGCCUCGAAUUGCGUCAUUGAAUUCGAUGUUAAUAUAGAGAGAGAUACAUGUUCAUAUACCGACGAUAUAGUUGCAGACGUUUUCACCACAGCUCAACCUGCCUCAUCUAGGAGCGUUUCACAAUGAAGAUUCCUAUGAGGGAGAUGUACGAGAA